UAAACCCUGGGGUACUAUCCCCUGCGAAGAUAUAUACUCCUGCCCCUUUUUCCACCUUGUUGUGGGCCUCAACAGAGAAGCGUCCACCCCACCACCACCUUUUCCUUUCUCUCAGAAAGGAAGCUGUUCCAUGCAGAGUAUACACCUGGUGCCAUUUGUCUCACAGUCACAGUUGCGGGUAGAGGUUGUCCCCAGAAAGAGCGUCUUAAAUUUUUCCAUUUUCGAAGCUCUUUCUGGCUGAUAAUUUACCGGAUUCUAUAGAUUUCUUCUUUCAAGUGUUUAUGUUGUUACCUUCAAGCGUCUUUGUUAAAGUGCUUGUUUGGAAUCCUUUUAUUUUUUGUUUCCAACAAUGCUCGAAUUUAGAUAUUCGGGCUUCAGGUGCGAAGAUUAUCGUUUGCUUGUGUUUAGAUCGUUUUCGUGUGUACUUAGCUGCAAAAUGUGAAAUGGUGUGUUGGAUUAACAAUGUGCAGUGUGGUGAUAACGAGUAGCGGUGAAUCCUGUCAAUCAAGCAGCUCGGCCAGCGACAUUGCCAGUGAGCCAAGCUCACCGUCGCGGCCCAUCACUCCACAAUCCAUGCCUCCAGUGCCUACCCAACACUGCCCAUAUGAGUGCCUACGAGCGGACAGUGAGGACAGCGGCCUGGGGCCUAGUCCUGCCAAGUCCUUGGUCAACCCUACCUCUCCAGAGGGAUCGAUAUCUCCCAUCCAGUUCGGUCGGUGUGAAGAUGAAGAAGAGGAUGACCGCUCCGAUUCCUUGCUGGACCUUAGUCCUAGGACCGAUAAUAGUUACGAGUCCGAAGAGAAAGGCUAUGUGUCGAACUCACCCGAAGCGGCUCUCCACGAGGAUGACCACUUCGAACACUUCUGCCUUCCCCUCGCAGGAAAACCAGCCAUUCCACAAAGUCCUAAACUGCCAAACGGCUCUAGUUUUCAGUUCCUGUUAUCAUCGUCGAACAAUUGUGUAAAUAGUAAUAAUCAAACCAGGACUGAUGGUUUCUGUGUCCUCAAUUGCCACGAAGAGGUCACUCCUCCUCAGUUCCCUUCAAUCGAAGUGGAUGACCACUCAGUGGACAAUGACAACAAUACUUCCUCGUUCUUCGGCGAGCAGGCUUGCCGGGAUGAGGAUUCUUUCCAGAUGCCUUUCACCAAAGCCGAAUGCAUCAAGAGCAACAACGGGUUAAACUUGACCGAAGAGGACCACCAUUUUGUACAGAAGGCUCACCUAAAUCCUAAAGUGGUCCUCAUCAGGUCGGACUUCAGUGGCUAUACUGAAGAAAGUAACAGUCACAGUGAGGACAACAGUCGCAGUGUUUGCCAUGAACUGAAUAGUGACUGUACGUCCUCGAACUGUAGUCAGGUGGGGAGUGUUGACCAACAGAGUGUGUCUGGGGCGAGCCCAGUGGACGAUGGGGAGUGUAAAUGGUUGAACUGUACAUGGUCCUCCGCGGAUGCCAACACUGCCAUAGACAUUUUAGACCAUAUUCGCGAGUGCCAUGUGCAGAAUCAGUUGGAGGAAAAUAAUACUUUUACUUGUUUGUGGAUUGGAUGCAAGGUUUUCGAACGCACGUCUUGUUCUCGGAGCUGGCUAGACAGGCACAUCCUUUUACACGGUGGAAGCAAGCCUUUUCGAUGUAUUGUAGAUGGUUGCAAUCAACGAUUUGGAUCGGAAGUAGUUCUCCAAAGACACGUUAAUUCACAUUUUCCUCAGUCCAGGAGCAACAAAGGCAACGACAGCUCCAGACUGUAUCGUAAAAGAAGGCACAAACAUCGGAAAAGGCCACAAUUUCAUAAAUGUAAGGAUUUUAUUGAUGAUGCUACAAUGGAGCAUUUGAGACAUAAUUUAUUUCAAUUAAGUUCCAUAGAAGGAAUGGGUACGGGAGGUCCUCCUUCUGCAAUUACAUUCCACAGUACUAUUAUUGGUAGAAGGAUGGGAGAAAGUGGUAAAAUGUUUUAUCUUCUUCGAUGGGAUCCCAGAGACAUUUUACCUGAUUCUUGGGUCUCAGAAGCCGAAAUUCCUUCCAACACUGAGAAAGUCAUUCCUUUUUCUAGACUACCUCCUGAAUUAUUGCAAUUGUCCUCACUCGAAGCUCUCAACAAAUCUGGUAUCCUUCCAAAACCUGGAAAGCGUAAACGAAAAUGAUUCAUCAAAGACUUAUAGAUCAUUGCUUUUCAUUAUCGAAGGAUUUUUUUUUAAUUUACUAACAUCCACCUAUAAAGUGCCACGAUUGACAAAUGUUAAGUGGAAAAGUUUUGCGUCACAACCUCGCCGUCAUCGUUUUCGUUUUAAUUUUUUAAACACAAAAAAAAUGUCGCUUAACUGUUUUGUGUUGGUGUCUCAGUGAUGCAUCAUACCAACUGCGUAAUUUAUAUUUUUGUAGCUUCUGUGUCCAUCUGUGUUUGUUUGCGGAAUUCACGAGAAAGUAUACCGAAGUAAUCUUGUUCAUGGCGUUUUUCGAAGCGACGAUGGCCGAGCGACGGAGUUCAGAAAGAUUUGUGUUGCGUAAAAAGUGAUUGCAUAGGUGACUCACAGAAGUUAAUCGUCUGAUGAGUGCCUUUUGAAAAACAUCUCCAUCUAAAUCAUUUUUAAAUCAGUGGUCUGACUUACACUAAAGGAUCUAUUUGUAGAAAUGCACUAAUAUGUAGUUUGAUGCUCUAAUAGAUAAACGCCGGCACUGGUGUAUUUUGCGGCGUAGAAUGAAGGUUUUAUGACACUUGUAGAAAGAAGUAUUUACUGUUUUAAAAAAAUUUACUUCAAUUUAUUUAUUUGCUUUUUGUGUGGAAUAACUAUUUAAUAAAAUACUUUUUGUUGCAACAUAGCUUAUUGAUAUUAUGACAGGGCUUUUUAUUAUUAAUGUUUUAAAAUUAAGGGGAUCAUUGAAAUAGUUUUAUUUAAUGGCAUUAGUUGCCGUAAGAAUCGCCAAAAAUUUUUCAUUUGAAAUUGUAUGUGAGUUAAAUUGUUACUUAAAUGUCUGGCUGUUAAGAAAUAUGUGCUGAAACAAAUUAAGAUCUUCACAUUGCUACACUAGUGAGCAUAAUUAAACAUUAUUUUAGGAUAUAAUUUUUCUUAAAAAUAGGAUGAAUGCUGAAUAAUUUAUACUAAAUCAAAGGAAAUUUA